UUCUUCAAAAUGCCUUCAAGUCAGAUUCUUCAGCCCAUCCUCAAGAUGAAGGUGGACGAGCUCUUCCUCACCUGGUUGAGUGAGCCUAAAACCCUGCUGGUGCUAAAAGACUGCCUUGACCUCGUCAAAAGUGGACGUCCUGGCAGUUUAGGCGACAUGGGCAUUAAGGAAAAGUGCACUCUGAGUUUUAAUCAAAAUAACAAUGUAGCAUCUCAGAAGAACCUGGCAGAGAAGAAUGCCGCUUCCUUCAAUGUCCCCUUGAGUUCCCCUUGUACCUCCACCCUGCCCUCAGGAUGCAGCAGCAGCAACCGGGUCACGGGACCCCAUGGCAGGAUAUUACGGAGAUCUGUCAGCUCGAAAAAGGCGCAGGUGAAGACAGAGGAGCCCGUCAGCCGCGCGCUGAGCGAAAGCAUUCCAAAGUUCUACUUCCCGCAAGGUCGGCCACAAGCCAACGUUAACAUCGAUGGUCUCAUUUCCAAAAUUGAGGCGACGUUCUGCCAAUUCCCCAAUGAAAGGGCCACCAUUGAGGACAUGGGGCAGGUUGCCAAGGCCUGCGAGUGUCCACUCUACUGGAAGAUGCCAUUGUUCUGCUUAGCUGGGGGCGACAGGACCGGCUUCGUGUCCGUGCACAAGUUCGUGGCCAUGUGGCGCAAGACGCUGCAGACCUGUCACGAUGCCGCCGCCAAGUUUGUGCACCUCUUGGCCAAACCUGGCUGUAAUUACCUGGAACAAGACGACUUUAUUCCUUUCCUGCAGGACGUGGUCAACACUCACUCGGGGCUGGCCUUCCUAAAGGAGGCAUCGGACUUUCACUCCAGAUACAUCACCACGGUGAUCCAAAGGAUAUUUUACACGGUCAACCGCUCUUGGAACGGAAAAAUAACUUGCAACGAGCUACGGAAAAGUAACUUUCUUCAGAACGUGGCGCUGCUGGAGCAAGAAGAAGACGUGAACCAGUUGACGGAGUUCUUCUCCUACGAGCACUUUUACGUGAUCUAUUGCAAAUUUUGGGAGCUGGAUACUGAUCACGAUCUCUACAUUGACCACAAAGAUUUGGCACAGCACAAUGACCAAGCCAUCUCCCAAAAGAUGAUCGAUAGAAUAUUCUCAGGAACAGUGACAAGGGACCGGCACGUUUUGAAGGACGGCCGCUUGAGUUACGCCGACUUUGUAUGGUUUCUCAUCUCUGAGGAGGACAAGAAGACAGACACCAGUAUAGAAUACUGGUUCCGCUGCAUGGACCUGGACGGCGACGGCGUGCUGAGCAUGUACGAGAUGGAGUACUUCUACGAGGAGCAGUGUCAGAAGCUGGAGCGCAUGGCCAUCGAGCCUCUGCCCUUCGAGGACUGCCUCUGCCAGAUGCUCGACCUGGUCAAGCCUCGGGUCCAAGGUAAGAUCACGCUGCGCGACCUAAAGAGUUGCAAGCAGUCGCACAUCUUUUUCGACACGUUUUUCAACAUCGAGAAGUACCUGGUCCACGAGCAGCGGGACCCCUUCUCCGUCAUCAGAGAAGUGGAAACGGAGGGACAGGAAGUGUCCGACUGGGAGCGUUACGCUGCGGAGGAGUACGACCUCCUUGUGGCUGAAGAGGCCGCCGGGAUUCACGGUGAUGACGUGUACGAAGCGCCACCGAGUCCCCUGGAAACGCACGUCCCGUCCGAUCCGGGUCUGACGAAAAGGCACUUCUUCCAGAUUCCCGCGCCGCACUGCAACUUAGACCUGGACGACUUCGAGUACGAGGAUGACUUCGAAUGA